AUGGGAGCUACUGAUAUCGCCUCGCGCCUUCGAGCCAAGUUCACCAAAAGGCGACACUCGACGGCGGGUUCACAGGCAUCUUCCAGUCGGAGCAUUACCGACACCACCUCGUCGUCGUUCGGGAGUCGUCACUUAUGGGAUCGCGAUCGUUCUCGAGCUCGUGACGGAGAUGGGGACCAUUCAUCUCAGCGGGCCGUGAGCAAUUCGAGGGGCACCGUGAGUAGCCGGCGUGGCAUGACAGCGACGCCUGAUGGUUCGCAUCGACAGCGAGAAGAUGGCGAUGAUGUUGCAAAGCUCGAGGGUUCUCGGGAGGUUUCAGAAGCAGCAAAGUCGAGCUCAAACUCAAACUCAAAUUCAAAUUCAGAGUCCCCAGCCAAGAGUUCCUCGGAAAUAGGUGCUGAAGCAGCGGUCCCACCCGCUAACGACAAUUCCACAGCACCCGACACCACGAGCGAGCCACUGAAACAGCCGCCGUCUCCGCCUAUAGAUCAGCAGAGCCUCGAUGACCUGGAUGAAGAGCCUGAUACAACCGCCACUAGCUCUAGCGACCAGCUCCCGCCCCAUAGCGAUCUGCACCCACCACAACCUCAUCCAAGACUUCACUUCAAUCAACCACCGCUGCUCUCUCCCUCACUUCAUCCUUCGGAACAGCCUUCACCAUCGCGUCUGCGCCAGGCAAGCUCCAAUCUCGACCGUAUCCACGAAGACUCCCAGGACUCAGAACCCCCAUCACCUACUGCGCGCCCAAGAAAGGUCGCAAGUCUUGAGUUGGACGCUGGUUCUGAGCUUGCUGGUCACAAUGACGACGACGUGUUGAGUCUUGACCAAGCUCCCAACUCCCCAAAGUCUGCCGUCUUUGCGCCCCUGGCGGCAGCAACCUCGACGACAUUUGUCGCACCGUCUCCUGGCCUUCCACAAGCUGGGACCCCUGGCUCUCCGUCACGACCAGCCCCGCCGCCCAGACGACAAAGCUUGCUAUCGAAUCGCCAGACGACAUUGAUCAACACGCUCCUUUCACCAUCCUUGAACGAACCCGGAUACAGCCAGAACACCACAUACGCGCCUAUUAACGGAAAUAUGGUGACCAGAAAGAUAUGGGUCAAGCGACCUCAUGCCUCGCCGACCCUCGUUACCGUCAACGAAGACGACCUGGUCGAUGAUGUCCGCGAUAUGAUUCUACGUAAAUACUCAAACUCACUCGGCCGAAGCUUCGACUCUCCAGACAUUAACAUACGCAUUAUUCCUCGCGAUCAACAUUCAGAACGUAUCCUCAACCCUGAGGAGCCAAUGGGCCGGACUCUCGAUGCUUAUUAUCCAGGUGGACAAACCGUCGAAGAAGCUCUAGUAAUUGACAUUCCAAGGCGUCCGCCUAAAGCUUCCCCGCGCCCUGUCGUUCCCGCAUAUGUUGGGAACAUCUACUACAGCGAGGAUGGCCGGCCUACGGAAACAAGUGAUGGCUACUUCCCUUCGGUCGCCGCCCAUCCUGGCGCUGUCGGCUCACCACAUCUUCCAGUCGCAGUUCCGACGCAUGUUAAUCCUCAGGCCCCGCACUCAAUCGCAGUAUUAGGGACUGGCCAUAUUCCACCUAUUCCGUCGCCUGGUAGAUCGCGCGCAUAUCGCGAACGUCCGGAUCGUCCCAGAUUAGGCCGCACUCAUACAUCGUCGCCAACACUGAUUGCUAAUGGCUCUGCCGUGUCACUGGCCGCCGCCGCCGCCGCGAAUCAUGCGAACCACGGUACGCAGCACUUCAACCCGAGGCUACCGCAUUCACGAACUCAUUCAAACUCUUCAGAUCAACCUGGUAUGCCACCUGCUGCUCCUCCUCUACCGACGCCUCCCGCUCCCGAAACUUCGGCAGUACGUGUAUCGACACCUCCAGUCAGGCCAAUUUCACCUCGACCUACGGCGAAAAUCAAGAAGAGUAAGAAGGCCGAACAUCCUAGUUUACCGCCGGGCAUGCUCAAUGGCGGCGUGCCUCCUAUCAAUGUCCUGAUUGUGGAAGAUAACCCUAUCAACUUGAAACUCUUGGAAGCUUUUGUGAAGCGCCUCAAGGUGCGAUGGUCAACCGCCAUGAAUGGACGGGAUGCUGUAAAGAAGUGGAGGAGUGGCGGAUUUCAUUUGGUUCUGAUGGAUAUCCAACUUCCAGUCAUGAACGGUCUUGAAGCGACUCGUGAAAUCCGAAGAUUAGAAAGAGUCAACUCGAUUGGUGUCUUUUCAUCAUCCCCCGAUGGUGUGGUUACGACGGAAAACCCCGACGAGCUCGACGACAAAGACCGCCUGCAGAAUCCUUCCUUGUUCAAGAGUCCUGUGAUUAUCGUUGCUUUGACUGCUAGCUCCUUACAGAGUGACCGACACGAAGCUCUAGCCGCUGGCUGUAACGACUUUUUGACCAAGCCCGUCAAUUUUGUCUGGCUAGAGCGCAAGGUAAUGGAAUGGGGUUGCAUGCAGGCCCUCAUCGACUUUGACGGCUGGCGCAAGUGGAAGGAGAUUUCUCAAGAAGCUGAGGAGACCGCCGCUGCUAAGAAGGCAGCAGUCGCAGCAGCCAAAGCUAAAUCAAAGAAGAACCGCCUCUCGAUGACCAAGCCCGGUUGA